AGAGUUAAACCCCAAAUGUUGGGGAUAAGAUGACAGCAAAAAUGACAUUACCAAUGUUAUUUGAGAUAACGUCAUUAACUGGACAAAGUUAAUUUGAUAAUUGCUGCUUGUUUAAAUGAUGAUACCUCAGAAGAAGGUAGGAACCAAAUGAUCAUACCUCAGGAAGGUGGUAGAGAAAGGUAGGAAUGUUUGUUGCUUUAGUAAAAGGCAGGGAACAAACAGAGAAUAGGAAUAGGAGCCCAGGAGCAUGGAGUUUAUUGUCUGAUCCAAAAUAUACCUGUGUCAGUAUUGUAUGUAAUGAUGAGAGCAAAAUGAACCAUUAAGAAGUCAAGACUUUCAGGGGCAUUUUUAAGCAGGAAGAAGUCAGCAUUUACUGGAUUAUAUCUUGCCUUGCCAAUAGUCAUUCUCACUUUUUCUAAUGCUAGCUUAACUAAAACAAUGCUUUACUUCAGCUAUUCUGGUGACUAGGAUAAUUUUUUGCAGUUACUAGGCUUAGUAAAAGUAGAGGCUAAUGUUACUAUUUAAAACAUAUUAAAAAUGUUUUCUGGUGUGGUGGCAACAGUGGGAAUUAUUUUGUAAGUUUUCCCAGUGCAGAUGUAGUCUCUGAUUGCUCCUAUGCUGUGGCUUAUUCUCUGCAGUGACUCUGUUGCUUGAGCCUGUCUAUUGCUAUUUUCACUUGAAUUCCAAGCAGAUUUUUUAUGCUUUGUUUAUUUUCUCCCUUCAUAGAUUCUGUUGGGUUUUCCCCCCCCCCCCCUUUCUGUUCUGCUUUCUUCAGUCUACAGGCGCUACAUUUCAUAUGCUCUUUGCAUUUGUUGGUGAUACAGAGCAGUGCUGGCUGUACUGUGGAAAGUGGUGCUGUGUAGUGAAAAGGCCUGGGAAGGCAAAAAAGGACAGGCAAUCUUUGAUGGGGAGAGAACGGGUCAUCUGGCAGCUGCUUGUUGGCUUUGCAGGAGAAUGGAGAUAAACCUGCACAUCCUGGUGUGACCUUUCCCCUGUGCAGGCUGGAAAUCCCAAUCCCUAAUCUCCCUGUGCUUUUGCUUUUAAAUUAAAUAGUCCUAGCCUCUUGAGUCUCUCCUUAAUGUUGGCCAACCUCAAAUCGCUACCUCUGAUCGCUUUCACUGGCAUGCUCUGAACUGUUGGUGUUCCUCCCUUGAGAAGAGGUGAAAACACUACACUACACCAAGAUCUGUUCUGUGGUGCCUUGAGGUCACAUUGUUGUAAAUACAGUUUUCUAGGCACUGAAAUGUCACAUCCUGGAUAUAAAUACAGAUUUUUCAGACUGUGAACUACUUGUAAGGGCACUUCUGGCAAGUUAAGGAGAUUUCCUUUGGGUAGAAGACAGAUGGGAAGAUGUGGAUACUCGUCCCAUAUCUAUUUUUAAAAUAGUAGCAGGUUAAGAGAAUCUUUCAUAGGCUCAGGAUGAAGUUUUUCAAUAUCCAUAGUUAAAUUAUUUUUAGAAUAUAAUGACAGUGUAUGUUUAAGUAUUCUUGAUGAUUAGAGUCUUCUUGUGAGGAAAAAUGAUACAAUGUUUAAAUGCUGUUUAACUCCAGUAUCUCAGUGUGUUGUGGUUGACUUUUUUUUUCCCUUUUCUUCUAUUUUCUCCCUGUAAUAAAUUCCUGCAAAUGGAAUGCACGAAAAAAAUUUCCACCUUCACUCACUUGAAUUUGACUUGCAUUGAUAUGUUAAUGCCUUCUGAUAAAGAAAAGGACCCGGAUGUUAUUCCUGAAGAUAGCAGUCUUCUGACUCUCCGAAUUAGAAAGAAGGCAUUAGAGAGGAGAGAAGAAACAAUCGUUGUGGAUCGGGCUUGCAGACAAGAAACUCUUGCCUAUGAGAUGGAGUCACAUGCAAUUGGAAAGAGGCCUGAAAAUCCAACAGAUCUAGUUGAGGAGGGAGAACUACUUUUGACUCUGAACAUCUUCUAUCCUGUCAUAUUUCAGAAGCACAAAGAUCACAAACCGUAUCAGACAGUCCUUGUCUUGGGCAGCCAGAAGCUUACUGAGCUGAGAGACUCGAUUUCCUGCGUCAGUGACCUCCAGAUAGGUGGUGAGUUCAGCAGUCAGCCAGAUCAAGCACCAGAGCACAUCAGCAAGGAUCUCUACAAAUCUGCUUUCUUUUACUUUGAGGGCAUCUUUUACAAUGAUAGAAGAUAUGCAGAGUGCAGAGAUCUGAGCAGAACAAUUAUUGAGUGGUCAGAAUCUCAUGACAGAGGCUAUGGAAAUCUUCAGUCAGUUAAAAUGGAGGACUACACUUUUAAUGAUUUGUCCCUCAAAAUUGGCUUUCCAUACCUUUUCUGCCACCAAGGGAACUGCGAGCACAUCAUUAUCAUCACAGAUAUAAGGCUCAUUCAUCAUGAUGACUGCCUGGACAGGAACCUCUAUCCCUUGCUAAUCAAGAAACACUGGUUAUCUACCAGAAAAUGCUUUGUGUGCAAAAUGUAUACAGCCAGGUGGGUAACCAACGAUGACAGUCUGGCACCAGAGGAUCCUUGUUUCUUCUGUGAUAUUUGUUUUCGGAUGCUCCAUUAUGAUGCAGAAGGCAAGAAACUAGGGGAGUUUCUUGCAUAUCCUUAUGUUGAUCCUGGGAUUUUCAACUGAAACUGACAUGAGCCAGAACGAUUCCAGUGAACUGUGUUGGUGAACCUGUUGCUCUGGCUGUUAAACCCACCAGACAGCUUGGGUUCUGAGCCUACCGGUGGGUUUUGGGUUAGGCUUUUAAUCCUCUCUCCUGAGGUGGAAGGAGCCCUUGGAAAUUAUGCCAUCUUGUUUGGUGGCACCUCACACUGUAUUCUAAGGCGGCAAUCGGUGGGAUUUUUAUGUGUGGCAGGUGGGUUUCUUUCUUCAGCACGAGGGAGAAGGGAGUGGCCAAAAUGUGAAUGUAUUCUUUCAUUAAACUAAUUCUGCCUCCGUAUGCUAUCCUUCAUCCAUUGCUUCUUUCCAGUAAAAAGUUAUGGUUAAAUAUAUUUCAAAAUUGCUGUCCCUGCAGAUUAAGAAAUUUUGCAAGGGUUAGUCCCAUACUUCCAAUAAGGCAAAGAGAAUCUGGCCACGAUCCGUGUGUGGGAUUUGAGCGCAUUGUGCACGUAACUACCAAACGGGGAACGUGUAUUAGAAGCUGCUGUUUGUGUGUUCGGGCCCUGGUUCAUAUUGAAUGAUUGAACUUAAAUGACAAAUGCAAAAAAAAGGUUACACUAAAAUAUAGUUUUUAAAUAUACUGUACAAUCCAGGAGCUGUCACAGGACAGCUGGGUCUGGUCUUGAUUUAACGUGUCUUUCUGAAUGAGUCCUCUGAGUGGAAUCCAGCAGUGCACCCAGCUGCCUGUUUGUAGUCAAAUUUCUAUGUCACCAGCUGGAUAUUUGUGUUUUGGCUACUUGUUAAAUGCUGUUAGUGUUUCCGUGAUCAAAACUUCUAAGCAGGUUUAUUACUGCAUGAUGGAAAAUGACAAAAUUAUUUUUUUACUAA